GGCAUAACUACCAAAAAUUAACUCAAUAUCAUCAUAACUAGCCACCCAAAAGAAAAAACGAGAUAGAGAGUUUCUCAGAAUAACUAUAGACUGUCAGAGUAUGACGCGAGAGUUUAUACGCAGGAUUUGUGUUUCUUUUUUCACUAAUUUCUUUUCCAAUCUAUCCAUAAGUUCAUGAGAAUAUCGCGAGGCUUGUAUGGCUGUUAAUUGCAGGUUCAGGGCUUUCAAAGUUUCUAUACGUCGUGACGCUGUUGGUCUCCAUAAUGGACGAGCAGUUCAUAGAUGACUCAUCAGCUCCGUUAUGCGCAGAUAAGAUAAGCACAAAUCGGGGCCAAGCGAAAACCCUCAAAAUUCAACUGCCGCCGAAACAAUCGAAAUCCCACACGCCGACGCCGAGCAGUUACCGCCAAACGACGUGCCCUCUCCCUCUCGCCCUACCCUCAGUCGACCGUUUGCUGGAUCAUCCCCGUUCUCUCCGCAGACUUUUUACCUGUCAACAUGUCGUACGAAGAGCGCGCCAAUGCGCACCCUAACCUGGGCGACGAGUCCGAUGUUGAGGAGGAAGCACUCGUCAACGAUUACCGCGAGCAGGUCAACUUCGACGAUGGCAUGAGCGAACUGGACCGAACCACAUCCCUUGGAGCUGGAUCUCAGACGCAAGAUCUCCAGGCACAGCUCGCCGCUGCUGCGACCCCGCUUGAAUACCAGGCCACACUGGAGACCAAGUUUGCAAGCUAUGACAACUACUGCAGCCUUUUCCACUACAUCCUCAACUCGGAUGGCCCUGUUGAACUGGAGGUCCCUUCUUACUACUGGGCUUGGGAUGUGAUCGAUGAAUUUAUCUACCAGUUCGAAUCGUUCUGCCGUUACCGCAACCGUGUCGCUCGUAGCGGCUCUAACGAGGAAGAGGCCCAGCUUUUGCGUGAGAACCCAAACACCUGGGGUUGCUACUCCGUGCUCAACGUUCUUUACUCCCUUAUCCAGAGGUCCCAGAUCAAUGAGCAAUUGGCUGCUAUCAAACGUGGAGAGGACCCCAUGGCAUUCGCCGGGGAGUAUGGCUCUCGUCCCCUGUACAAGAUGCUCGGAUACUUCUCGAUCAUCGGACUUCUGCGUGUCCACUGCUUGCUGGGUGACUUCAGCCUUGCCCUCAAGACCCUUGACGACAUCGAAAUGAACAAGAAGGCUAUGUUCGCUCGUGUCAUGGCAGCUCACUUCACCACCUAUUACUAUGUGGGUUUCUCCUACAUGAUGAUGCGCCGUUACGGUGAUGCCAUCCGCAUGUUCAGCCACAUCCUGGUCUACGUCUCCCGGACCAAGAACUUCCAGAAGGGUGGCAACAGCUACGACGCUAUUGCCAAGAAGAACGACCAGAUGUAUGCUCUCAUUGCCAUCUGUGUUGCCCUCCACCCCACCCGUCUCGACGACACCAUCCACUCCGCUCUCCGCGAGAAGUACGGCGAGCAGCUCCACCGUCUCCAGCACGGUGGCCCCGAGGCCCUCCCCCUGUUUGAGGAGCUCUUCCGUUCCGCUUGCCCCAAGUUCAUCAGCCCCACUCCCCCCGACUUCGACAACCCAUCUGUCAACGUCGACCCCGUCGAUCACCACACGGCUAUCUUCAUGGAUGAGGUCAAGAACACGCUGUACAACCCUACCAUCCGUUCUUACCUGAAGCUGUACACCACGAUGGACCUGCAGAAGCUGGCCGGCUUCCUGGAAGUCGAGCCCGAGAAGCUCCGCUCCUGGCUGUUGGUGAACAAGCAGCGCAGCCGUCAGGUCCGCUGGGUGGAGGGCGGUUUGCUGGAGGGUGAGCCCGUCGCCGCCAACGACCUGGACUACGCUCUGGAGAACGACCUGAUCCACGUCAGCGAGACCAAGGCCGGCCGUCGCCUGGUGGACUGGUACCUCCGGAACCUCGCCCGUGUCUACUAAAGCGUCUGAUCCCUUGUCAAGGAAACAGGCGGCAACGCACUCAAAUAUUGAGAUACGUGCUAUGUUCCCAACUGCGCACAUACAGAGGUACCCUUCGAUAACGCAGGGCCCCUCCGACCAAACCGCAGAUAGGAGAGGAGAUAAAAAAGAGAGGCAGAACCCGGGGAAGUAGGCGUGAAAGGACCAACGGUUGUGAAGAAGUGCAGUGGGGAAGUUAAAAUCCAUCCCAUAAUCUCACCUCUCAGUCCCCAGCAAUAUCAUGAAUUAUCUUUUGUUUCCUUUGUUUUACCCUUUCCCUUUUUUUAUUUUUUCUUUCGUUGUUCAUGUUUUCAUCAGGGUUGCAACCUUGGACUCUACUCUGAUUACGGGUUUGGGAUGGUUACAAAAGUCUCGAGGCUUGUUUGGGGCGUAUUCGAUGCUUAACUAUACUUGGUUUGCUUACUG